AUGACCCCAGGCAGCCGGAUUAUGCGGUGGGGCGUCACAAAGGCCGCUGAUGUGGCUUCAGCUAUUUUCAAUGUCGCCCAGACCCUUGAAUUAAAGGGUCAGGGAGGUUCUUCCAUGAAACAUGACAUCAGUGGCUCAUUCUGGCCAAUCUGCCUAUUCUGCCCCUUCUGCUUAUGCCAACGGUUGAAAGUACGCAGUGCCAAGCUUUGA